GGUUCCAUCAGCGACAUCCUCACAUCACCCGUGGAUGACUGGGAAGGCGAGAUCGAAGCAAAGCACUUCGAGGCCAACAGCAAGUCGCUCGGCACACUCUACCGGCGCGCCGCCCGGAACGACGACGAUGGGCUCGGGCCCUUCGGGCUCCACAAGGCCUCGGCGGAGCCAGUUCUGAAGAAGACUCCUUCCGAGCCCGAGCUCACCGGACCCCUCGGCCUCGACGACGGCCACGCUAGCGCGAGCGCCGGUAGCGCGAGCGCUCCGCCGGUGGCGCUGAUCACGGUCACCGUGAGCCGGAAGCCCACGCGAGCCAUGUGCGCCCGUUGUUCGCUCCGCUUUUCUCCGCGGAGCGACCGAUGCGGACCGAGGAACUGGCGCCGUUGGAAACCCGGCCCGCGUUCGGCGCCAAUAUGGGCGAGGUAUCACGUGAGUGACACCACGGAUGUGGCCUUCCUGAUCGCCCGCCUCGCGCGGGAGAUCCGCCAGGCCAAGCAGGCGCAGGAGAACGAGGAGGCGUGUCAGACCGAGAAGGCAUGAGGAUGGCCCUGACGGUUCGAGCGGUUCGAGCUGUCCUGGUCCGUGGCCGUCAAAAGCCUCCUGUGGUCACCAUCGAAGGAGUGAUCAUAGAAUCCCUGAAAGAUAUCCCUGAUAUCCCUGAUAUCCCUCGCACCGGAAUGAUCAUCGCAUUUCAUUCGCCUCUCAUUGCCUAUCAU